AGAGAAACAGAGAUAGGGACAAAGAGAGAGAGAAACAGUAGGUUCAAAAAACCUACUUGAGAGACAAAGAGUGAAAACCAACCAUGAAAUCCAACCAGGAGAGGAGUCACGGCUGUCUACCCCCAAAGAAGCGUGAGAUCCUGGCUCUGGAGCAGAGGCCUGUGGUGGUAACAGCAGCAGCUGAGAUCCUGGCUCUGGAGCAGAGGCCUGUGGUGGUAACAGCAGCAGCUGAGAUCCUGGCUCUGGAGCAGAGGCCUGUGGUGGUACCAGCAGCAGCUGAGAUCCUAGCUCUGGAGCAGGGGCCUGUGGUGUCACCAGCAGCAGCUGCAGCCUCAGCAGACACUACCUUACACACAGAGAACCUGGCUUGGCUGGCCAAUGUAGCCAGCGAACGCUGCAGAUCCACAGAAACUCCCAGCCCCAGGUUUCAUGUCUCCUCGUCCUCCUCUUCAUCCCCCUCCCCUUCUGCUCUCCCCCUGUCCUCUCUCUCCACGAUCUACCCCACUGGGGUGGGGCUCAGCCAACAGGGCGGGACAAUCCAGUACGCCCAGCUCGCCCCUAACCUCCAGUUCAUUAGCUCGGGGCCGUACACUGGCUACAUCUCCUCUCAGAUCAUCCAGUCCACUGCCACCAGUGUAGCCGCCUCCACAGGGCAACAGCGCCACCAUCUGGACGGCCACUGCUACACCACCGCCCUCAUCUCCCAGGCCACCAAGGUUGGGGACCAGCAGAACCAGGUCCAGAUAGGUCUGCCGUCGGACCUGGCUGUGUCCGUUGGAGGGACCCACUUCACCACUACCCACCAGUACAUCCAGCUGGACAGCAGUAGCCCUCUGACUGUCACCUCCCCUACCCAGGGCCACCUCCAGCCUCUCCAGCUCCACACCCACCCUGGGGUGGGCCUCCUCCCCCACACCCUCACCCUUGCCCCCUCCCAGGUGCUGGUCCAGUAUACGGAUGGGUUAGGGGUCAACAAAGCUGAGGGCGGACACACCAAGGUGGUGCAGCUGAAUGGAGAGCUGGAGAGGAGUUUCGGUAAACAGAGCUGUGCUGGCAUCAAAGGAACCUCCUACUCUAACCAGAACAAUCAGCAGGUUCACCAUGGAUAUGAAGCUCGACACAUCCUCAUUCCCGCAGACUACACUACCCAGGAUUCCACAGGACUACAAACCUCCCUGGUGCUGGUAGCAAACGCCCAGCCCAACCACCACCCCCACCCUACCAGUGGUGCUGAGCAGGACACUGUUCAGGUCCACCCAUCACUAAUACACAGUGAGGGAGGAGGCAUCUGUCUAAGGAAACCUGUCUCCAGAACCUCCUCUUUCACCUCCCUCAACUCCUCUGAGGCUCUGAAGGUCUCUUCUGUCCCUCACACGGUUAUCCAGACCACCCACCACUCUGACGAGCAUGUUCACAGCCUGUACUCCACCACCCAGGCACCAAUCAUUGGCUACAUCGCCAGGGCAGGUAACCAGCAUGGCGUCAGCUACGCCACUCUGCCGCAGCACCUGGUCAUCCCGGACGGCCAGUCCCUCCAGUCUCUCCUGAUAUCCGUUAAUGGAGUUACCACUAAUACUGACCUCGAGGCUGCCUGCUCGGUGACUGCUAGGACGGCCAGCACCACCGCCUCUCAGCUGGCCCCAUCAACCGCAUCCCUCCCCCGCCACACCUACCUCACCACGUCCCUGUCCAAGUGUGAGAUGCUGGGGUCGGACGGCCACCACCAGUCCCCUGCUGUACUCCAGGCCCAUGUACUACCCAUCCAACACAUCCAAAUCCCGUCUAACACACCUGCUAAUGUGGUGGCGUCCCCCUCCCCUGCCCCAGCCCUAGCUCCAGCUCCUGUCCAGGCCAUCCCCACUCUCUCCUCUUCCGCCUCCCCUGCCCCAGCCCUAGCUCCAGCCCCUGUCCAGGCCACCCCCACUCCCCUAGCUCCAGCUCCUGUCCAGGCCACCCCCACUCUCUCCUCUUCCCCCUCCCCUGCUCCAGCCCCUGUCCAGGCCUCCCCCUCUCUCUCCUCCUCUCCAACCACGCUCCCUCCGUUCUUCAUGCGUGGCUCCAUCAUCCAGCUGGCGGAUGGGGAGCUGAAGCGAGUGGAGGACCUGAAGACGGAGGACUUUAUCCAGAGUGCUGAGAUCAGCAGUGAGCUGAAGAUUGACUCCAGCACAGUGGAACGCAUCGACACGGGCCAGACACCCAACGCUGUCAUCAUACAGUUCGGUGUCGGGGAACACAAAGCACAGGUGUGUGUGGAGGUGCUGUUAGAGUACCCGUUCUUUGUGUUCGGCCAGGGCUGGUCGUCCUGCUGCCCUGGCCGGACCACUCAGCUGUUGGAGCUGAGCUGUGCCAAGCUGUGUGUUGGGGACGUGUGUGUCUCCCUGACCCUCAGGAGCCUGAGGGGUGGCGGUGGCUCUGUGUCUGGGAGGAACCACAACAGCCAGGGUCACGAGGUCAAGCUGAGGCACAGCCACAACACUGGGGACAUUACACAGGGGUCUAACCGCCAGGGGAACAGUCAGGGGAAUAGCCAGAGUAAUGGUCAGAGAGACGGUCAGAGUAUGGACAAGGACUUUAGGAACAGUUUGAAUGCUGCAGGCAGCAACAGUGUCUUCCUGGUGCAAGUGGCCAAAACAGACAGGUUGAAUAAGGAGGACAGGGACGUCCCCCGCUGUGUGGACCAGGUGACAGGAUCUGGACUGAGACCCGGAUCUGGACCAGGGGUCUACGGAACUGGAGUUGGACCCAGGAGCACCUCGGACCUGCAGGCUGUCUCAGGGAAUGGAGAGAUGAUAGGGAGAGACAAUGGAGAGACGAGAGAGAGAGAACAGAAUAGCCCCAUGCUCCCUCCGCCCCUCAAGACAGAAGUGGGUGAGGCAGACAAAGAAAAACCCUGGGGUCGUAAGAGGAGGUGGUCUGCUCCAGAGAGAGAUCAGACAGAGAGGGCGGACGAGGAACCCCCUUUGACUCUGCCAAAACCCUCUUUUAUAACUCAGCAGGUCAAAUUCUCCAUCGAAGGAAGGUCAAAUGUUAGUCGUUGAAGGAGCUGGAGUGUUGUACAGGAGGUAGGGAACAUAGUUUUAUAUGUUUGUAACGUUGUUAGUGCUGUUUGGUUUAAUCUAUCUAUCCACAUUAAUGGAAAGGAUUCAUUUACCUGGUAUAUACAUGUUUUAUGAUUCUAUUUCUAUGGAAGGAACAUUGUUGUCUCUGUGUUUGGUCCACUGUCUGGGUGGCCAGUCUCUCUCUUCAGAACACAGUGAGUGGCCCACUGUCUGGGUGGCCAGUCUCUCUCUUCAGAACACAGUGAGUGGCCCACUGUCUGGGAGGCCAGUCUCUCUCCAGAACACAGUGAGUGGCCCACUGCCUGGGAGGCCAGUC